UGGCUUUGCUAACUUACCCGUCAUCCAAUGCGCACAACAAAGAUGGCGGCGCCCAUCAGGGAAUUGGCGAUAUUUCUUCUCGGACUGUCCAUCCAGUGUGCGCUUGGUCAUGUCAUUGAGCUGAAUAAUAACUUUCUUGAGGACAGACAUAAAGGAUCUUGGCUUGUGGAAUUCUAUGCGCCAUGGUGUGGACACUGUAAGAAGCUGGAGCCAGUGUGGCACCAUGUAGGCCGGUCCCUGCAGGGGUCUCCCAUCAAGGUAGCACGGGUAGACGCCACCAGAUACACAGCUAUUGCCAAUGAGUUUACAAUCAGGGGAUACCCCACCAUCAAGUUUUUCAAAGGGGACCAGAUUUUCACCCACAAUGGAGGAAGGUCCAUGGAAGACAUUGUGCAGUUUGCUCAGAGAGCACAAGGUCCUGCAGUGAGAGAGCUGAGAAGUGUGACCCAGCUGAAUGAUCUACGCAUCAAACACUCUGUGUUCUUCCUGUAUGUGGGAGAUGACAAUGACUCGGAGCUGAAGACAGCAUACAGUGCAAUAGCUGAAGAUUAUGUGUUGAAGGGCUACUUUUACCAAGCUCCACCCACCAUUCUACCUCAGGAUAUCAAAGUGGACACAUUACCAACAGUUCUGGUGUUGAAAGAUCGAAAAUUCUUCAAAUAUGGAGGUGGUGAUAAGGCCUCACUCAAAGACUGGAUAGAACUGGAGAGGUUCCCAGCAUUCCCCAGGAUAUCUGGUGACAACAUCAAUGAACUUGCAGGUUCAGGCAGAAAGAUAGCAGUGGCAGUGAUAGAGGACAGCUCAGUCCCAACAGAUGUUGAAGAAGACACAAGAGUUAGGGAGAUGCUGCAGGAACUGGCCAAGGGCAGAGACACAGAGUUUCACAGUACCUUUCUGUAUGGCUGGAUGGACGGGACAGAACUCAUCAACCAGAUCACCAUGAGUUUUGUCAACACCCCAGCCAUUAUUGUCUUGGAGCCUUCCACAGAAUCCUACUACCUACCAGACACCCCCAGUGCAGGAAUGGCACGGCCACAACUCAAGGGCUUCCUCAGAAAAGUCAUCAGUGGUGAUGCACCUGCACAUGGUGGGAACAGUAUCUUACAGAGAUUGAAACGAGUCCUCUAUGACUUCAUCACAGGAGUCACGUCGCUGUUCCGAGCGCAGCCUUUCAUAGCCAGCAUCCUGCUUGGCCUGCCCACCUUCGUGGUGUCAUUCCUGUGCUAUUCGCUCUGCACCACCGAGGUUGUGGAUGACAUGGAGGAUGAAGAUGACUUGUCAGAGGAUGAGAAAGAAGAUGAGGACAAGAUUGACAGGUAUGAGGAGGUGUCAGGGCACAUGAAGAAAGAGUGACUUAAGACAUGGACCAUUUUAAUAUCCGUCUCAUUUUCCUCUCAUAGUAAUAGCAGUUAGAAUAUUGUGGAUUUAACUUACAAAGC